AUGGCCGGAAAUAUUCAUCCCAGGGUGACUCUGCUUGAUCAUGGACGCUCAGGCGGUGACUUUGCUGCCGGUCCUCCGCCAUCAACCCUAGCUGCCCAGCUCGUGGAGAACAUUUCAGCAUCGACCAAAUCCUCUAGGUCGGACGAGAACAGUGAGCUGAAGGGCUUCUUCGCUGUCAUCCAACGCGUCAAAGAUGAUCCCACACUUCUCAAGACGCCCGAGGAGCGUAUUGAAAACAAUCACAUGCUCCUUUACGUCUACGCUCGCGUUGUCCUUGAUGGCAUUCGGCUGGAUGAUCCAUUCCUCGAUUGGGCCCAUGUACGCACCGAGGGCAUCAAGGCAAUCAACUUUCUCAAGUUCACCAUCAAAGAGACACCAUCGGUGCUCAAACACAAAGUGAAUGGUCAAGAGUUCAUGUUUCGUGGCCAAGAACCUCUGUGGGUCUGGUUGCUCCCUCAGCUGUUGAGGCUUCUUGGGCAUCCGCAAUGCAUCGAACUUACGGAGGGCAUUGAAGGUUUCCUCCAAUAUCUGAUACUCACUGUAGCGCAGACACGGAGCUUGUGGGACUUGGCUCCCGCUAUUAUGCUCUAUCUGCGCACCACGUUAUCUCGUAGGUCUUGUUCUACGGCCUUCUUGACUACCUACAGAGUCUCUCGAUUGUGCCUUCUUCAGAGGGAGUCCUCAGGGAUUUCGUUUGACAUGGUCUCCUCGUUCUCGGAGAGUGUGGUAUGGUUGCUCGACGCUCUUGUGGACAUGCGGUCUCUCCAGAAACGCUAUGAGUCUGUAUUUCCGGGCUCGCCUCUUCAUAUCAUUCAGAACACCUUACAGAUUGUACGAGCGUUGUCCAAUAAGAAGGGAGUCGGCGUUUCACUUCGCAACAAGGCCGUCAUGCUCCUGGUCCUAUUUUGCGGUGAGAUGGCAUCAAGUCCUGACUGCUCGCCCAUGCUAGAUUCCACUGACGAGGAGACUCGUCGCACGUAUUGCGUGGCUCUUGCUACAAUAGCAAAGGCAUGCAUUGGCGAUAGAGCCCUUGGUCGAUUAGCAGUAUCCAAGCUUGUGGACGAAACUUCUCUGCUGUAUCCGGAGAUGCCAGCAGAAACAGAUAUAUGGAGAGCAACACAAACUCUACGACAAGUCACCGCCACUCCCCAGCCGGAACUACUUGACAGUGAUCUGCAUCCUUCAAAGUUCCAGGACGGUUAUGUGCGUGAGGCGAUCGAAGAGUUGUCAAUGACCUAUAAGGAACCUGAUGUCGACCCCGAAGACCGUACCAAACGCAGAAAGGUUUCAUCUCAAAAUCAUAGCGCCAUGUCUGUCCUGGUGAAUUCGAUUAGGGAGAGCUUGGGACUUUCAAUGGAAGAUGAUGAUAACUGGGCGAAUUUCGAACAACAAUAUCUACCUGAGUCAGUUUUUACACGCAUGGUACUCCCGACUCGUCACCCGGGUGGAAAAGGCACCGCCAACCAGCCCCUUGCUGAUCUCCAAGCCGACGCCGCUCACGGUAGUGUACGUUCGAGCGCGACGGAUGGAACGUCUCCGAUGAAGCGCCAGGAUUUGGUGCAUCGCAACAGGAAGAAUUCGAUUGCCUUUCUCAAGUCGCUAUCUGAGAAGAACCGUGCCAAUCUAACAGAGACAUUCAUCAUGGCAUGGGGCCAGUUGGGCACAGUCGUAUGCGAAGACGAACUUAACAUGGUCCUCAUCAAGCUCAUGGAAUACUUGGGAAGCAGCAACAACAUCGUCUCAGCAUUCGCCUUCAAUGAGCUUUUGAACUUGUCAGAAGCACGUGGAGUAACACCCCGCGGCCUUUUUGAGCCUUUCUGGCCAAAUCUGGCAUACAUGGCGACCAAGGAUAUGGUGCACCGUCCUCAGAUGAGCCGUGUGAUCGCUGAGUUACUGCAGGUCUCGGUGAACGAGCUACUACUCGUCAUCCAGACACACGCGGUGCCAUGGCUAGUGCUUGACAAGCAGAAGGAUGUGAUCCAGAAGAUUUCCGAGGCCCGGCAGGACCCCAGAGAUUGGAUGGUGGUGAUGGAUCCCCCGAAUCUAGCUGCCACUCUUGCUCUAUUGUUGAUCCAAGAAACUGACGACAUUACUGCCUUUGCAAAGUCGCGCCUAAACGAAAUAUCGACUCAUUUUCACACUGCACCUAUCAUUGAGCUUCUUCAGACAGAACCUGUCCUCACCGUCAUGGAGUUGCUGAAGGUGGCGGGUGAGGCAGAUGAGUCCAAGAAGGCACCCGUCCGAAAAGCCUUGAACACUAUCGCUUCAAUGAUUCUAGCAGAGAACAAGGACGCCAGAUCGAUGAAGAAAGGGGAGAAAACUCCUCGAUUCAUCCAGUCUCACCUUCUUGGCCUCAUGGCUCGUCUUACAGAAGUCAUCAAUGAUCCAAAUCUUCCAUUCCAAGAACGUCGUCGAUACAUUCGGGCUAUGGAACAAAUGCUCUGCGUGAUCAAAGACUCGGCGAGAUUCGCCAGACCCCAGAUUGCCGCCUGUCUACUAUCUACGUUAGCUCAGGACACUCUGAGGGAAGCAAGUUUCUCCUGUUGGGCGGCAAUGCUCAAUUAUUUUGAUGAAGAGGAUGUCGAGCAGCUGCUAGAGACCACGUUCUAUGUGGUUACCCAAUAUUGGGACUCCUUGAAUGAGUCAACGGCCCUGCUUGCCAAGGAGAUGCUCCAGACCACUGUUAAUCGGUACGACAGCAUGAUCGCGAGAUAUAUCCUCAAGCUACCCUCCCUUCGCCACAUUCCUGAGCUACAGGACGUUGAGACGAAGCUGGAACAACACCGACCAGCAACUCCGUUAAUUGAGGAAACCCUCGAGGCUUUCUCCCAGCGGAUCAGGCAUGAGAACUCAGGUGUUGUCCUCCAAGCACUGACAGAACUGGUAUCAUACCUUCAAAACAACCAAAACGCACUGCAUGCUUCCGCCGCCAGCCAACAAUCAGACGCUGUUGUUGCAGCGCUAAUGCGAUCUCUUCUCGACUGCGUAUGCACAUACAACAACCUUCCAGGGGAGAUCGCUACGCUCUGUACCGAGGCGAUGGGCCUGAUUGGGUGUCUGGAUCCUAGCAAGAUCGAGACAGUGAGGGAACAGCGGUCCGUGGUUAUCUUGAAUAACUUGGAGACUUCCGAAGAAACCACGGACUUUGUCCUUUUUCUGCUGGAACAUGAACUAGUGCCUGCAUUCUUGUCUACCACUGACAACAAAUUUCAAGGAUUCUUGUCAUUUGCCAUGCAAGAGCUUCUCAACCGGUGCGAUAUCACGGCGGCGUGCGCCAUGGAAGGCACCGGCAUGCUCGGUGGCAGCGAGAUUUAUCGGAAAUAUAUUGCGAUGCCGGAGGCCGUUCGAGAAGUGGUGGCCCCUUUCUUGGGUUCCCGCUAUGUGGUUGCGCCAAUGGCUCCUCUGGAGGUUCAGUACCCGAUCUUCAGUCCCCCCAAACCACAUGCGACCACCCCCCCGAAGCCAUAUGCAACCUGGCUAAGAUUCAUCGUUUUGGAUCUUUUACGAAAGGGACAAACACCUUAUGCAGAUAUGAUCUUUGAGCCCCUUGCACGUGUCAUUCGCGUCAGAGACGUGAUUAUCGCAGAAUACCUUCUCCCACACUUGGUUCUGCAUCUUCUUUUAGGAUCCAGAAGUUCUAAGAAAGAAAAAGACGAUGUCCUCGGCGAGCUACUCAACAUCCUGAAGCAUCAACCUGGAGAGAACGCCUCGUAUCAGGAGAAGGAGGAAAUGAAGCGAUUUUGCCAUGUCGUCUUCCGAGUUGUGGACUGCGCAAUGAGAUGGAUCCAGACCAAAAGAGCCGCAGGACGCCUCACCGAACCCGACAAGGAGAAGUUGACCCAGGUCCAAGAAGCUCUGGAUAUGAUACCCGCCGAGUUGAUCUCAGAAAGGGCCAUCGAUUGCAACGACUACGCUAGGGCUCUGUUUCACCUCGAGCAACAUGCCCAAAAGAUGGAACAGAGAAAAAGAAAGCCGGAUGAGCGCAACCGCCUUCUCGAGAAGCUUCAGGACAUCUACGCCAAUAUCGAUGAGCCCGAUGGGCUGGACGGAAUAUCGGCCCAUCUUCAUGUUCUCGACAUCAAUCAGCAGAUCCUGAGCCACCGCAAGGCCGGAAGAUGGACCGCGGUACAGAACUGGUAUGAAAUGCAACUAGCAGAAAGCCCCGACAACGUCGAUUUCCAGAUCGACUUGCUUCACUGUCUGAAACAGGCUGGUCAACACGAGGUCCUAUUGAAUCAUGUCGAGGGAAUGCAUACCGAUGUUUCGACAGACAACAAGAUCAUUCCCUAUGCUGUAGAGGCGGCAUGGGUGACGGGCAGGUGGCAAAGUCUGGCCAAAUUCAGCAAACGAUUCCAUGGCGAUGUGGUUGAGGACUUCAACAUAUCGGUCGCGACCAUCUUUGCCAAAUUAAGGAACAAGAGUGACUUGUCCGAGUUGACUCUCCUCGUCAAUGACAUGAGGAGAAAGAUUUCGGCAUCAAUGAGCACCUCAUCUACUGCAUCGCUCCAGGCUUGUCACGAUCUUCUCCUCAAGGCUCACAUCCUCACCGACCUGGAGAUAAUCAUGGCUACGCCAACAGAAGACGAGGUGGCGCGUCAGAAGUCCAUGUCCCUUCUGGAUCGAAGACUUGACAUUCUGGGUGCCUAUGUGAACGAUAAACAAUACCUUCUUGGGAUCCGUCGAGCAGCCAUGGAACUCAGCCGGCCAGCGUUUACUGACCUUGACAUCUCGGGCCUGUGGCUGUCAAGCGCACGGCUUGCGAGAAAGACAAAUUCGUUACACCAGUCGUUCAACGCUGUUCUACACGCCUCCAAGCUCGGCGACGAUGGUGCGGCCAUUGAGAAUGCCAAGCUGCUUUGGAGGGAAGAUCAGCACCGCAAGGCGAUUCAGAUUCUCCAGGGAGCUAUCAAGAGCAACAAGUUCAUGACCCAAACAGGAACUUCAACCAGUACCAGUUCCACCAAAUUGAGCCCGCAACAAAAACUGCUGACAGCGAGGGCUCAACUCCUCCUUGCCAAAUGGCUCGACAGCGCUGGUCAAACGCAUGCCGGAGCCUUGCGCGAGAAGUAUCAACAGCCGCCCAAAACGUACUCCACGUGGGAGAAAGGGCACUACUACCUUGGCCGACACUACAAGAAGAUUCUUGAGGCCGAGAAGCCGCUCAAGGUUGAUGACCAGAGCGACAACUACAUUACGGGCGAGGUUGCUAGGCUUGUCAUUGAAAACUACGUGCGCUCGCUGAACUCUGGAACGAAGUAUCUCUACCAGACUCUACCGAGGAUCUUGACCCUUUGGCUUGACCUGGGAGCACAGGUGGAUAAGGCACCAGAAGGCAAAGUCUCACUGUCUCGUGAGCUUCAUCGGAGACGUGUGGAACAACUGAAUCUUUUGCACUCUUUCCUCGACAAGUAUAUUCACCGAUUACCAGCGUACGUCUUUUACACAGCAUUGCCGCAGAUCGUCGCCCGCAUUGCGCACCAGAACCCAAACGUCUUCGAUCGACUCACGCAUAUCAUCGUCAAGGUUGUCGAAGCUCACCCUCGACAGGCUCUCUGGAGUCUGAUCGGCAUCAUGACAACCAGACAAGUAUCGGAACGAAAAGCGCGAGGCACUCAGAUCCUCCAGGCAUUGAGGAGCGUAUCUAAGAAGGUGGAAGGCUCAACCUAUGACCUGAAGUAUCUACUGAGGAUGGGAGAGAAGCUGGCUGAACAGCUACUUCUGGCGUGUCAGAACGGAGACUUUCAUGGCAACAAGACGGUCCACGCCAGUCUUACUCGAGACCUUCGAUUCAACCACAAAUGCACACCAUGCCCGUUGGUGGUGCCUGUCGAAGGCUCUCUGACAGCGACACUACCAGCUGUAUCCGAAUACGUCAAGAAACACAAAGCGUUUUCGAGAGAUGUGGUGACGAUUGGGUCCUUCUUGGAUGAUGUUUUGGUGCUUAGUUCGCUCGCCAAACCAAGACGACUCACGGCACGAGGCAGCGAUGGAAAACUCUACAUGCUUCUCAUCAAACCAAAGGAUGACCUGCGAACUGAUCAACGUCUGAUGGAGUUCAACGGGUUGAUCAAUCGAUCGUUGAAGCGAGACGCCGAGUCUAGUCGAAGGCAGCUCUACAUCCGAACGUACGCAGUUACACCUCUCAACGAAGAGUGCGGUAUCAUCGAGUGGGUGCCGGGCAUCAAAACCAUGCGAGAUAUCCUCAUUGGGCUCUAUGCUUCACGCAAGAUCUAUCCUGAUUACACUGUUCUCAAGCAGCUAAUGGACGAAGCCUGUCUUUCAGAUGGCAAGACAAGAGUGUUUACAGAUGAAGUUCUCGGUCGGUUCCCACCAGUACUUCAGCUGUGGUUCACGCAACAAUUCCCCAACCCAUCGGCUUGGUUCAGUGCCCGACUGCGAUACACGCGCUCAUGCGCCGUCAUGUCCAUGGUGGGCACGAUUCUCGGACUUGGUGACAGGCAUGGUGAGAACGUCAACCUUGAAGAGGGCAAUGGAGGAGUAUUUCAUGUCGACUUCAACUGCCUGUUUGACAAAGGUCUCACGUUUGCCAAGCCCGAGCGUGUACCGUUUAGGCUCACUCACAACAUGGUGGCUGCAAUGGGUAUCUACGGCUAUGAAGGACCUUUCCGCAAGUCGUGUGAGCUGACUCUGAGUAUCCUCCGACAACAGGAAGAGACGCUCAUGACAAUUCUCGAGGCAUUCAUCUAUGACCCAACAUUGGAUCUACAGAAGGAGAAGCGGACGCAUCGAAGGGGAGACGUAGGCGUUAAGCUGCAACCGCAGAGUGUGGUAGACAGCAUCAAGCGCAAAGUCAAGGGAUUGCUCCCGCACGAGAGCAUCCCAUUAGGAGUUGAGGGCCAGGUGGAGGAGCUGAUCAAACAAGCUGUUGACCCUAGGAACCUAGCAGCCAUGUAUAUUGGGUGCCCAGCCCAGCCCAGCUCAAGCUCCAGCUCCUUCCCCAAGCUCCAUGCAUCGCGCGCGCAAACCCAACCGAAGCUCGCCCCCUCUCUCUCUGUCUGCACCCUUUGUCUCUCUCGACUCAUAUUUUUCCCUCUCUUUCGUGCCAUUUUCGUCGCAUCACAGCACUCUCGAAUUUUUCAUGUUUCCCAGGUGUCCCCCAACAACCGCGCUGGUUGCAAGGACAGCGAGUGCAAGAAGACCAAGGAGAAGAUCACUAAGGGUACCCUCCGCUUCGGCAGCUGGGUCACCAUUGAAGAUCAUGGAAGCUGGGCGUGGAAGCAUUGGGGAUGUGUCUCUGGCCAACAGCUGCAGAACGUCCGAGAUCUCUGCGAGCAGGGGGAUGGUAGCUUUGACUGCGAUGCUAUCGAUGGCUUCGAUGAGCUUGGGGACCAUCCUGAUCUGCAGGAAAAGGUUCGACGCUGUGUCACCCAGGGCUUCAUCGAUCCUGAAGACUUCAAUGGAGAUCCCGAGAAGAACAAGCUUGGGGAGAAGGGCAUCCAUCUGACGGCUGCUCAAAAGAGAAAGAGGGAGAAGGAUGCUGCUGCUGCCGCUGCUGCUGACGGCGAUGAGGAGGACCAGCCCAAGCCUAAGAAGGCACGCAAGGCCAAGGCCGUCAAGGCUAAGAAGGAGGAGGAUGAAGAGGAGGAGGAGGAGCCCGCUCCUGCUAAGCCCGCCCGUGGCAAGAAGACCGCUGCUAAGGCCAAGGUCAAGGAUGAGACCGAGGACGAGGCUCCUGCGCCCGCUCCCGCUCCCGCUAAGAAGGGACGCCGGACUUCAGCCCAGAAGGUCAAGGAUGAGGCUGAUGAAGAGGAGCCUGCCGCUUCUCCUGCUCCCGCUAAGAAGGGGCGCCGAGCUUCGGCCCAGAAAGUCAAGGACGAGACUGAGGAAGAGGAAGGGCGAAAGACCGCUGCCAAGAACACUGAGGAGGAGGAGGAGGCCCCCGCCCCUGCUCCCGCUAAGGCGCGCAAGGCUGCUGCUCGAAAGCCGAAGGAUGAAGCUGAAGAGAAGCCUGCCGCAGUCAGAAGACCACGCAGGGCUGCAGCCAAGAAGGCCCCUGUUGUCGAGGAGGACGAAGACGCUGCUGAAGAACAGGAGGAGGACGAGAAGCCUGCUCCCAAGGCCAAGGGCCGUCGUGGACGCCCUCGCAAGGUUUGA